CUGAAGGAUGUGCAGAAAAGGCAGGAGGGAUUUUAUUUUAAGAGCUGAGCCUGCCCCCUGUAUUCUUUCUGCCUUAAUGAGAACAGUCUGCACUAGGCAAGGUUGAGAGACUGGAUAUCUGUACCAACGGAGGCUGCAGAAAAUUGCAAGACUUGGUCAUACAGUAAGUUCUCAAUGCCCCCACCUCUAACUGAAUACAAUGCUAGAGCAAUGCAUGUGAAAUUAGGCUAUAGGUUAGUAGUGUGCAUUAGGCUGAUGGUUAUUGCUUGUAAUAUGUGCCAUGAGAAACAGCUGGAGUGUUUCCUGGAGGCAAGAAAAUGUUUUAAGAACAAACUUUAAAGCAUUUCAUAAAAGUGUACAGGGGUUUCUUGAUGCUUUGGACUUCAGCCCUAGAAAAUAUCUGUUUAUUAACCAACUCUGUUCUGGAGCAGCUAAACCAUAUUCCAUACUCCUACUUCUUUUCAGACUUCAUAUGUCUGGACUGCUACUUUUUCCAGGUUACUUUGUUAGUUUUGUUAGAAUUGUAGAGUUUUGCUUGCUUGUAAAGAUACUGCUAAAUAUGUUUAUUUAUUUAUUUAUAAAAACACUUUACGUCUAUUUUUUACCCUUUACAUAUGUGCAUAAUUUGCCUUUUUGUGAUGUUUGACGUCGUUUUCAUGAAAGUUGUAUUUGAAAAAAAACAAAAACAGCAGAUUAUUAAAAUCCUAGACUGGCUACUUCAGCCUACCAUCCAACUGCUUCCUCCAGAUGUGAACAUUUUCUCCUUUCUAACCUGCGGGCCUGGGAUCAGACAUCUCUGGGGACUGGCCUCUGUAACAAAGAGGCAGACAGAGCCCAGAUGUGGUAGGCAGGCACUGGAGAAGCUUGUUGAGGUUUUUAAAUCUUCAAGUGCCAGGAUGAUGAGAAACGUACUGUGUCUGAGUGCAGAGCACACCCAUCUGGCACUCAUUGGGUGUAAGGGGGAGGGGGUAAGAGUUACAGACCUUGCCAAGACCCCAAACUUCAUGUUAGAAUAUUUCUGGGAGAUCCACACAGAUAUUGGAAUCCGCUAGCAAUUCAGGAAUUGUAAUAAAAUACAAUUUAAAGUGGAGUGGAUGUCACUCCAAAACUAACAUUUCGAAUUGUAGUGGCAUUAAAUUUGAAAGCUAACGCUUACUCUAAAAUAGUCUUGUUGUAAGUACCGAAAGGAUGGAUAAUGUUUCCAACUUAGCUACUUUAACCUAAAUAUCCACAUUCUGGUUUCAUAUUACUGAAUAAGCAGAUGACAAUGUUUUCAUGCGGGUGUAAAGAGACCAAUGUCCAAUACAGUUAUUUUUAGACAAAGACGGCAUCAGAACAUUGAUACAAAAUGUUUCUCCAGUAGGCUUUUGCACUCAUGUUAAGAUUGUUUGACAAUGUUUCGAUCCAAAAAGAUCUUUAAUCGAAGUAUUGAUAAAGGUCCUAUUGUAUCAGAAUUAAUGUCGGUAAAUAACAUGAAAUAAUUAUCUUGUGUGUGAGUGUCUUUUUUUAUUGUAUUUUAUACAUUUGUAUGGAUUUUUAAAAGAGAAAAUACAUGCUUUGACAAAAGCCAAGUAGGUGAUACACAUCAUAGGAAAAAGGUCAGCUUACACAGACACAAGUUAAUGGUAUGUACAUUGGAUAAACAUUCAGAGUGUAUCCAUUGCUUGACAGUGAAAAUGGUUUAAACAGUCCAUGUAGUCAUCUCAUAAAUAUGCACAAAAUAAUCAGGCAAGCCUUGAUGUAAAUUAGCUUAGAGGGCAGAUGUUGAAUAAUACAAAAUAUAACACUAUAAAUAAAAAACUGUCCAGCCAUGCCCCUGUUCCUUUAAAUAUAUUCACAUUUGUGAAUCUUUGUAUCAAGUAAUAAGUUAGAGCCAACAGAACGCAAAUUGACACUACUGUUAUGGGAACUGACACGGUAGAGGGGUGGCAGUUGUAAGUGUUUAUAGCAGGGGUCCUCACAUUUUGUGUCUUCUUUCGGGAAAUCAGAAAAAUUCCCACAAGUCAUUGCAGAUAUGCAUUUUCAGCUCCCAGAAUACCCUUCUUUAUGUAUAGAUAUAAUAAAUAGCAGACAACAUGUGCUACUAUAUUAGAUCCUUCCAGUACUAUUUCAUGCCUGUGCAAAGCUUAGAUAUAUUAUGUUAUAUUGUGUAAAUUAAAGAAUUUAUACAGUAUAACUUUAACCCCUUAAGGACCAAACUUCUGGAAUAAAAGGGAAUCAUGACAUGUCACACAUGUCAUGUGUCCUUAAGGGGUUAAAUGAGGUCUUAAAAUUAUGUUGUAUGAAGGGGUACACCCUAUCAUAGCAGAUGCAACAUUAUAAGAAAUACCAUUCCAUUUCACCUUUGAUCCUGAAGCACAGAGAGUUAUUCUUUCAACAUGAUAAGAUAUAUUAAAAUAAUGAAAUGCAGUUUUGUUAUGAUUCAUCAAGAUAGCUCCACCAAUAUUUGCUACUGAAGCAGCAUCAAAAGGCAUAGUUUUACAUUGGCAUGGUGACUAUACUUUGUUGAGGGAUGGUUAUUAGUUUGCCUUUUUAUUCAGUGAGCACUAGCUAGCUAGAGGCCAGACAAGCCAUAUCACUAAUUAAUCUGUCAAACUGUAACUAAACAGGAAUCGCAAAAAAAUGUGAUACCUAACUAUAUCAUAUAAAUAAUCAUUAAAAUGCCAAAUUGGAAACAGAGCUGAGAUUGAAAAUGUUUCUGUCUGGGCCAAUUGUGACUUAAAAACUUUAAAAUUAACACUCUGCUUCAAAAACUAUUGUCCAAGUAAUGUGUAACAUAACAGUGUCUUCACUGAACCAGUUGUGAUAAAUGCAAACCCAAACUUCAAAAUCCAGGCUAGAAUAGCUGCGUUUUCCCAAAUCAUUUAUUUUAGUCUCAGUUUGGCAGUUUGACUUGUAAUUCACUACGAUUCACUAGUUAGAAUUUGGUGUUAAGUAUUCUGUUUCUAUAGAAAGCAUGUUUUAUUUUAUAUGUGGUAAUUAUUCACUGUUCUCCUCUCUUUGUUAACAGAAUCCACCUGUUGGAAUAAGUAUGGGAUUUCUUGUGAGUCUGUGUGUUUUCCUAGUCUUCACAUAUUCCCCGUGCACUGCCAGAUACACUUCGUCUGAAACAGAAUUGCAAGUUGGAAGUGGGGAUGGUGAAAGUGCCACUAUGUCCUCUCCCACUGAAAGCUAUGAGAUUGUUGGUCUUACAACAGAAAGCUCGGAAACCAGUUCCAAUGGAACUUCUACCCAUUUGAACAUCCUUAGCAACAUAACAAAGUUUCUAAAAGAAUAUAUGUUGCUUGUCAUUGUAGUGGGAUCUUUGGCUAUCCUGCUGAUAUUCAUAGUCUGCGCUGCAGUAAUUAUGAGCCACAGGCAUAAGGCCUCUGCCUACUACCCUUCAUCCUUCUCUCAGAAGGAAUAUGUCAACCAUGAUGACAAGUCUGGUGGAGUCAAGUCCUUUAGUGAGAUCCCUGAAAAAGCUCAAGAUGCUCAGAUAGAAGAAGUAGUGGAUUCAACCAAACAACUCCAGGCCGACAUCCUAAAUGCUGCCCAGAACCUCAAAUCACCAACAAAAGGUACUAGUAUUAAAGAUGACCAGAAAACGCAGGAUGAGCCUGUAGUGGCUCAGGAAGCAACUCCUGAUACUGAUCAGAGAGCUGUGGAAGAAACCACCACUGGUCAUGCUCAAGAAGAAAUUCCAACUGAGAAAUUGGAGGAAGUACCUGCUGAGCAGGUAGAGGAAAGCAAGCUAGCAAAUGAUUCCCAGGAAUCUUCUGCAGAAGCAGACAAGCCACAGGUCCAGGAAGAGGUUGGUCAAAGUGCAGAAGAGAAAAAGCCCAUGUCCUGUGAUGGCAACCCAUCCUAUAACAACUCCUCUGAAGAACAAGAGUCACAGCAAAUAUCAGAUGAGGGUGGUGUUUAAUAUUUUAAAGGAUAAACUUGAAAGAGAGAACUACUGCUCUUCAAAACACAUAGAACAGUUGUGGAUCUAUGCAUUAGCCACGUAGACAAUAAACUUACAAUGCCAGCAAGAGGUACUGUUUUAUAUAUUUUACUUGAAAGAAAAUGGCCUGUGAUGAUAAAAAGCACAAAUUCAACCACUGAAGAACCUGGCUGCCAAAUAUUUGUUUCAACUUAAAUUAUACUGGAACAAAAGUGAAAACAUAACUGAUUGUGUCCAGACCGCUGUGGCAAUUUUGUCUGUAUGGUCCACUGCAAGACCUCUUGCAGAAUUGAGAGUUUAAUAGGCCAGAUUUUGAAUGAAUAAGAUUUUUUUUGUAUGUAUUCAUUUCUGUGACACUCAUUAAUCCAAAUAAGGUACACUUAUAUAAACAUGUAUAAAAAUUUAAAUGUAGCAAAUUCAUUGUGUAUGUAUUAUACAUUUGACUAAGUAUUAUGAGAAGUAAUAGGCAUAGCUGGCAGAUAAGUAGGUUUUUUGGGGUGGUUUUUUUUUAAUUGCCUAAAACAAAUAUUCUCCAGGCAUUAGAUUGAUGACACUGCUCUGUGGGCAUUGGCACUAAAUACUCGUGGGUACUAUAGAAAAUACAUCUUUCAGAAUAUUUCAUACCAGUGUAGCCAAGAUAAUGCAGUUUGAUUUGCAAUUGUAUAUUUAAUGAUAGAGUAAAAUAUCUGCGUUGCUUUAAUGGAGUAAUUCCUCUUACUGAAAUUGAUUAAACACUUGAUUUACGUUCAGUUACUUAAAGAAACUCGAUUACAGUUUCAAAUCAUCUUUACAUGCAAGAACUGAACAAGCAAAGAAUGGAGUACUGUCUGCCCUAGAAACAUUUGCAAUGUUGGAGGUGUUCUGAUUAUUUAUAGCUAUAGCAUCUAUAUUUCUAUCUAUAAGUAGUAGUUAAUAUGGUAAGAACACAAGAGUAAAUAAUUAAUCUAGAUGAUUAAUAUGAAUAACUAUUAAAAUGUAUUAUGUUAAUUAUUUUAAGUAGCUUUUACAUGUUUUACAAUAGGUAUGUUCCGGUAUAAAAUAUUCUAACUCAAUAGACUGGUAUAUAGACAAAAAAAUGUUUUUAGAAAAAUUGUAUAGAUAUGCUAUUUUGUUAGCAGUACAUUCUGCUCAGUGUUAUACUUUGGUAUUAUUUUAACCCCAGGCCGCUACAUUUGUAAAAACAAUUAAUUUAAUUAAUAAUAAAAAAACAACUUGUACAAAUGUACCGCUUAUUGACCAAUGACAUAUCAGACAUGUCAUAUAAUAUAGAGAUAUUGCUAUACAAUAUUUGCCAACUCUUUAAGGAUUUUCUUCUACAUGUGGUCAUCAAUUAGAAAAUAAACAUAUUGGCCUAUUCACCAAACAGUAUUUGUGCCAAGUAAAAAAAAUCAACUAGCAAAAAUAUAUAAGAAAAAAUAAAUUAAACCAAACACUGUUAAGUAAAUAAACCACAUACCUUGCAUUUUAACUACUUAUCCAGAAAGACAAGAAACACAUUUUUUGGUAAAUAAUUUAAUGAUCAUGACCACACUAUACAGAGUAAUGAUUUGAAAGGUGAAGAGCAAAGAAAAGAAUCUUAUAAUAAUAUCUAAAAUAGGGCAUCAACACAGCAGUUUGUUUUUAAAAUUAGCCAUGAAAAGUGCAUUUGUAUUAUAUAUAUAUAUAUAUUUUCAUCAAAUCUGAAUUAAAUGGAUGUAGUUAGUAGAACAUCCCUUGGGACAAUUUUGCUUGUAUAGAAAAUAUUACAUAGUUCUAGUUCAGGUUUUGCAUUAUAGCUAGCAUAUACUUCUUUAAAUCCAAUGCUGUUAAAAGUGGUUACUUUAAUGUCGCAUUCUGACACAUUGGGCAGGGAAAGGGCUAACAAAAAUAAAGGAGCAAUUUAUUAUUCGAUGUUGGUGCUUUCUUUUCCCAUGCUUUAGACAAAUUCAUGAAUGUCCUUCAUUCAGGAACUGAAGGGGUUUUAUAUAAAUAUAUAUAUUGUAUUUCUUAAGUUUAUGCAAUGUAUCAAAAGACAGUUUUUUUAAAUGUUUAUCUAAAUAAAGUGCCUUAUAAAUGAAUAAAGUGACCUUAAAC